CACCGACCCGGAAGUGCAAGCUGGAGCGGGGCCCAGUAGCUCCGAAAGCCCGCAGUGAGGAGGGCAUGCGAAACUGUAGCCAUGGCGGUGGCCGUGGCUAUGGCGGUGGCUGUAAGCGGGACAGAGCUAGGCCCCGCGGAAGAACUCGCUAAGCUCGAGUAUCUUUCUUUGGUGUCGAAGGUUUGCACCGAACUGGACAAUCACUUGGGGAUCAACGACAAGGAUCUGGGUGAGCCUGCUGAAUUUGUGAUCAGUCUUGCUGAAAAAAAUACCACCUUUGAUACUUUUAAGGCUUCUCUGGUCAAAAAUGGUGCAGAAUUCACGGAUUCUCUUAUUAGUAACUUGCUGCGUCUCAUACAGACCAUGCGGCCUCCAGCAAAGCCUUCUACCAGCAGAGAUCCGGUUGUUAAACCCAAAACUGAGAAAGAAAAGCUGAAAGAACUCUUCCCAGUCCUUUGUCAACCAGACAACCCUUCUGUUCGGACCAUGCUGGACGAGGAUGAUGUGAAAGUUGCUGUGGAUGUCCUGAAAGAACUGGAGGCCUUAAUGCCCAGUGCAGCAGGCCAGGGGAAGCAAAGAGACACUGAGCACCGGGACAAGACAAAGAAGAAGAAGCGGAGCCGAGAGCAAGAUCGAGACCGAGACAGAGAUAGAGACCGAGACCGAGACCGAGACCGAGACCGAGAAAGAGAGCACAAGAGGAGACACCGGUCCCGCUCUCGGUCACAUUCCAGGACCCGGGAGAGAAAUAAAGGGAAGUCUAGAUACCGGUCCAGGAGCAGAAGUCAGAGUCCCCCCAAAGACCGGAAAGACCGAGACAAGUAUGUGGAGAGAAGUCUGGACAGAUGGCGGGAUAAGCAUGUGGACCGCCCUCCCCCAGAAGAGCCCGCCAUCGGGGACAUUUACAAUGGCAAAGUUACCAGCAUAAUGCAGUUCGGAUGCUUUGUACAGCUGGAGGGACUAAGGAAGCGGUGGGAAGGCCUAGUGCACAUCUCUGAGCUCCGGCGGGAAGGCCGUGUGGCCAAUGUGGCUGAUGUGGUGAGCAAAGGCCAGAGGGUCAAGGUCAAAGUGCUGUCCUUCACGGGGACCAAGACCAGUCUGAGCAUGAAGGAUGUGGAUCAAGAGACAGGAGAAGAUCUAAACCCAAAUCGACGACGAAACCUUGUCGGGGAGACCAAUGAGGAAACUUCAAUGAGGAAUCCAGACAGACCUACUCACCUCUCCCUUGUCAGUGCCCCUGAAGUAGAGGACGACUCACUGGAGCGCAAGCGCCUUACCCGCAUCUCUGACCCGGAGAAGUGGGAGAUCAAACAGAUGAUUGCUGCCAAUGUCCUUUCCAAAGAAGAAUUUCCAGACUUUGAUGAAGAGACCGGCAUUCUCCCUAAGGUGGAUGACGAAGAAGAUGAGGACCUUGAGAUUGAACUGGUUGAGGAAGAGCCUCCAUUCCUGAGAGGGCACACCAAGCAGAGCAUGGACAUGAGCCCUAUUAAAAUCGUUAAGAACCCGGAUGGCUCCCUCUCCCAAGCAGCAAUGAUGCAGAGCGCUUUGGCCAAAGAAAGGCGGGAACUCAAGCAAGCCCAGCGGGAAGCUGAGAUGGAUUCUAUUCCCAUGGGACUCAAUAAACACUGGGUUGACCCUCUGCCUGAUGCGGAAGGCAGGCAGAUUGCUGCCAACAUGAGGGGUAUUGGGAUGAUGCCUAACGACAUUCCUGAAUGGAAGAAGCAUGCUUUUGGGGGAAACAAAGCUUCUUACGGAAAAAAGACCCAGAUGUCAAUCAUUGAGCAAAGAGAGAGCCUGCCCAUUUACAAACUGAAGGAGCAGCUGGUCCAGGCUGUCCACGACAAUCAGAUCUUGAUUGUUAUUGGUGAGACAGGAUCUGGGAAGACAACACAGAUCACCCAGUACCUGGCGGAGGCAGGCUACACUUCCAGGGGCAAGAUUGGAUGUACCCAGCCCAGAAGAGUGGCAGCCAUGUCAGUGGCCAAAAGAGUGUCGGAGGAGUUUGGUUGUUGCUUAGGCCAAGAGGUGGGCUACACCAUUCGGUUUGAGGACUGCACCAGCCCUGAAACAGUCAUCAAGUACAUGACAGACGGAAUGUUGCUCCGAGAGUGCCUGAUUGACCCCGACCUCACUCAGUACGCGAUCAUCAUGUUGGAUGAGGCCCACGAGAGGACAAUUCACACAGAUGUGCUCUUUGGAUUGUUGAAAAAGACGGUUCAGAAACGGCAGGAUAUGAAGCUGAUUGUCACUUCAGCCACCUUGGAUGCAGUGAAGUUUUCCCAAUAUUUCUAUGAAGCUCCCAUCUUCACCAUCCCAGGUCGAACAUAUCCAGUGGAAAUACUGUACACAAAGGAACCUGAGACAGAUUAUCUGGAUGCCAGCUUGAUCACUGUCAUGCAGAUCCAUUUAACAGAACCACCAGGGGAUAUCCUGGUCUUCCUGACUGGUCAGGAAGAGAUCGACACUGCUUGUGAGAUCCUGUAUGAAAGAAUGAAAUCCCUGGGACCUGAUGUUCCAGAGUUGAUUAUUCUCCCAGUGUACUCUGCUCUUCCCAGUGAGAUGCAGACCCGAAUCUUCGAUCCAGCUCCACCUGGCAGCAGAAAGGUCGUGAUUGCCACCAACAUUGCAGAGACAUCUCUGACUAUUGAUGGCAUCUACUAUGUGGUGGACCCUGGAUUUGUGAAGCAGAAAGUUUACAAUUCCAAGACAGGGAUCGACCAGCUCGUGGUGACUCCUAUUUCUCAGGCUCAGGCAAAGCAACGAGCUGGCAGAGCUGGGAGAACAGGCCCAGGGAAGUGUUACAGGCUCUACACAGAACGCGCCUACCGAGAUGAAAUGCUGACCACCAAUGUGCCAGAAAUCCAGAGAACCAACUUAGCAAGCACAGUGCUCUCACUCAAGGCCAUGGGCAUCAAUGACCUGCUGUCCUUUGAUUUCAUGGAUGCCCCACCAAUGGAAACUUUGAUCACAGCCAUGGAGCAGCUGUACACACUGGGGGCCCUGGAUGAUGAGGGCCUGCUUACUCGCCUGGGCCGCAGGAUGGCAGAAUUCCCUCUGGAGCCAAUGCUGUGUAAAAUGUUGAUCAUGUCUGUGCAUCUGGGCUGCAGUGAGGAAAUGCUGACUAUCGUGUCCAUGUUGUCUGUGCAGAACGUCUUCUACAGGCCCAAGGAUAAACAAGCCCUUGCAGAUCAGAAGAAGGCCAAAUUCCACCAGACUGAAGGGGACCACCUCACCCUGCUGGCUGUGUACAACUCCUGGAAGAAUAACAAGUUCUCCAACCCAUGGUGUUACGAGAACUUUAUCCAGGCUCGUUCUCUGCGCCGGGCCCAGGACAUUCGCAAGCAGAUGUUAGGCAUAAUGGACAGACACAAGCUAGAUGUGGUCUCUUGUGGCAAGUCCACGGUCCGAGUGCAAAAGGCCAUCUGCAGUGGAUUCUUCCGAAAUGCUGCCAAGAAAGACCCACAGGAGGGUUACCGGACACUGAUCGACCAGCAGGUGGUCUACAUCCACCCUUCCAGUGCUCUCUUCAACCGGCAGCCAGAAUGGGUGGUGUACCACGAGCUGGUGCUGACCACAAAGGAGUACAUGCGUGAGGUCACCACCAUUGACCCUCGGUGGCUCGUGGAGUUUGCUCCUGCCUUCUUUAAGGUCUCUGACCCAACCAAGCUAAGCAAACAGAAGAAGCAGCAGCGUCUUGAACCCUUGUACAACCGCUAUGAGGAACCCAACGCCUGGAGAAUAUCCCGGGCCUUCCGGCGGCGCUGAGAGACAAGACUUGUCUGUUUGCCUCUCCUGCAGCAGUGGUCCAUUGCUGGGACUCUCCUGAUGACGAGCUGGUCCUGAGGAUAUAGCUGUCCACUGACUGCAUAUCUUAACUGGGCAUUUUCUAAAUUUGACUCAUUUCUUACCAGUCUCCAGCCUCCAUCAACCCGGAGUUGCUGGGGCCUGUGGGGCUAACAAAAAACAAGAGGUACACUGUAUUAUCUCCAAGAAAGUGGCAACUUGUGCAGCCUUGGAUGGGGAAAGGGAAUCACAAGCAUCUGACAGCCAGACAUGGAGAGAUGCGCUGGCUGGUACUCCCUGGACAGAGCCACAGAGCUCAUUGGAAGCAUUGUCCCCGCUUCCUGCCCCUAUCCAGCCUCUGUACUUUUGCUUAACCUCCCAGAAAUAUUUAUUUUGUUAAGGAAACAAAAGUGGUUUUCUGUGACUUGUUUCUUUUAGUUGAAAGGUUAGGAUAUUGGCCUGGGCUCAUGGUGCGGAGAUUGAGAAUCUGUGGCUUUGGUACACAUGGUAGAGAGUCCCCUGAAACCAGAGCCCAGAGCUUCUUUGAGCUGGGAGGUGACACACAGCGCAGACCUCCAGUCUUCUCUCAGCACCCGCGCUGGCCCAGCUCUGUUGUGGAUUGCCCCGGCUUGACUACAUCCAUUGCUCCAGUCUGGGCCCUUGAGUGGUUACAGAUGCCACAUAUGAAUACAGAAGGCUCUCCCUGGCUCCCUUUCCUGCUUACCACACUCAAAAUGUACAGCAUGACCUCUUUCCUUUUGAAGCGUGCAAGUAAUGACACAGCUUAUUUUAAUUUUUAUUUCCCUGAUCUUCAAUGGGCUUUAACAAAUGGUGUUUAUGUGCAAAGCCGCCCCUCCCCCACCCCAAACAAAAAACCACCAUCACACCUCUCAGAGCCAGUUUGUGCCACCCAGCACCUGUACUUCAGGCCUCGUGUGUAGUGGUUUUGUUCGAGCAUUCAGAUGGGGAAUGGCCACCUCCUAGUGCCCCUUGUAGUUUCUGAGGGGGCAGAAGAACAGGAAGGAGCUUCCAGGUCAGGUUGUGGAACUUCUGGAAAGGUGGCUGGGGUGUGGAGAAGCUUGUACAGAAGCUCCUGGGCAGGUUAUUGCCUGCACUGCCUCCCCCAUCCCUAUCUAGUAAAUUCUGAAACGAUGCAAAUACUAGAACGACCACAGAAUUGUACAGAGAGAAUUCACAGAGAGGAAUACAGGGAGUCUGCUCACUAAGUCCUGCCCUUUUAUUGAGCGGUGUGGUUGCCUCCCGAUCCUGUUUGUGCUCCUCAGGAAGCCCAGGCCAGUAAUUAAGAGCACGGGAGGGGAGAAAGUGCAGCAGCUGACAGAGGAACCUGAAGGGAAGCAGGACUGGAUACCCAGCUCCCCAGUCUUAAUUCCAGCCCAUCUCUCCAGUUCAGGAGCAAACCCUGGGUAGGCAGCUCACCUGCCCCAGCUGAGUGAUACCAGCACUGUAGCAUUAACACCUCUGAGAUCAUUACCCACAGGGCAGUGGGAGGUUUGGGAUUUAAGCUUAGGGUGAGAAGGGGCUAUAUAACAGGGCAAGGUGAGACAGCAAGCAGUCAUCUUUCUGGGUUUCAUGAGCAAAAAUGACCCCAGCCCUGUGGGUGUCCCUUGAGUAUCUUCCCCAAGAGCAGGGGUCACUUUGUUCUAACAGGGCUGGGGUCUCACCUUCUGACUGUCCAUCAGUAAACGGCCUGUAGGCAGUAUCGCCAAGCCUAGGAGAAGGGGGCUUCCAGCCAGAUUCAUAAGGACUCACCGGCUGCUCCCUCACAAUGGGAUCCUUGUUUUCCUUGAACCCAUGUUUCCUGAGAUUGAGUGACAAACCAGGAGAGGAUGUGGGUCCCUUGCAGGGAGCUGGAAUCUCAGCCUUUAAAGUUUACUGUUCACUGCACCCCGCAGGAGCUUUGCUCAGGAAUUCCUGCCCCUGGAAGCUUGUGGAGUCUGCUUGUUUGUGUAUGUGGGGGACCACCCAAUGGGGCAAGUGUAAGCUCUCUUUCUGGGUCAGGCUUCUUGGCCCAGGGCUCACUUUCAGGCUGCCGCAUGGUCUGGUUUGGGCUCUCUCUCCUUCAGCCCAAAGAAUUUGCUCUGGUGGCUGCUGUAGCUGUCCCCUCAGAGCAGUGCCUCUCUUAAAUUUAAGGGUUUGAACAAAGAGCUGUGAGGAGUCGCAUGUUAAUGAACAUUUCAGAGGGUUGAGGUCACACGUCUGAGCCUGUGGACCCUUUUCCGGGAUGCUGCUUCUCUAAAUCCAUCUCUCACGUGUGUAGGCAGGACCUUGGGGUUUCCACUCAACUUUCACAUCUUCCCACUAUGAUAGCCUGGCUUUAAUAUGAAACUAAAUCAUAUGUAUUUUUUAAAACUUGUGUUUAAAAAAUUUGUUCCUUGCUCUAAA